UUUGUUCAGGUUUAGAUUCGAACUCAGAAAGAUUUAAAUGGAUUUGUUUAAUAAAUAAUUAAAGAAACCAACGGCGAAAGCAUUCCACACGCUUCUUGGAGGAGUCUCUAAAGGCAUUAGACUGGAAAUGAGUACGAUCCAAGGUGAGGAACAUGCGUGUGAACUACAACACCGCUAAGCAAUGGGAGGGCUCCACUGGUGCGGGUAGUAUGGAUGGAGACACUAUUAAAAGCCCUUUAACAAAAAUGUUUAGUUUUUAUGAAUUUGAUGACAUAUUCGGAAGCACACUACAGGUGCCGUCCAUAAUUGAGGAAACUCUACAUAGCGAGGUAGAGAACUUUGAUAUUUUAAAUAUUGAGUAUCUACCUGACGCACAGGAUCCUAUGAGCAACUUAAGUCCAGAUAUCCAGUACCUUCCUGACGCUCAGGAUCCGAUGAGCAUUUCAAAGCCGAUUAGCAAUUCUUCAGUGGUAAAUGAAAGUCUGUCAGAGGUAAAAUGUACUCCAAGCACAAGCCGUAGAGGCAUUUAUAGCAUAACUGCACUUUCUGAUAUAAUGAAAGAAAAGUUGCAAAUAAUGGAGUUGGAAAUGAAAGAGCGUCUAGCUAGGGUAGAAUUACACUUAAAAUACGAAACUUAA